UUAAAGAGGAGGACACUCCUACAGAGAUCAGCACAGGACACGCCAUUGAGGAACCCUCAAAGGAUCUUCUCACUUUAUCUCUAAACUGUAAAGUCGAAGAUGAUGAAAUCUCAAGAAUUUGUGCUGGAGAAAAGACAAUGAGCUCAGCUAUGGAUGGAGAACUUCACAGUGUGGAUAGACCAACAAAUCCCUCUGAGCGACCUCAUACUCUGAGGGUUGGUGCUGGAAAUCAUGGGGAGGAAGAAUUUUCCUGUCCUGAAUGUGGGGAAAGUUUUAGCUCUGAAUCAAGUCUUACUGUACAUCAGAGGUCUCAUAUGGGUGAGAAGCUUUAUUCGUGUUCUGACUGCGGGAAAUGUUUUUCCGAGAAGUCCAAUCUUUACAGACAUCAGAAAAUUCACACAGGAGAGAAGCCGUAUUCCUGUCCUGAGUGCGGAAAAUGCUUUUCACAGAAAUCAGACCUUGUUAGACAUGAAAGAGCUCAUAGAGGAGAAAAGCCAUAUUCCUGCUCUGAAUGUGGGAAAUGUUUUUUACAAUUGUCCCAUCUAUACAAUCAUCAGAUGUCUCACAAAGGGAAGAAGCUGUUUUCAUGUCAUGAGUGCAGGAAAAGUUUUACACGGAAAUCAGGUCUUGUUAUACAUCAAAGAUCUCACACAGGGGAGAAGCCUUAUUCCUGCUCUGAGUGCAGGAAAUGUUUUUCAGAGAAGUCCAGUCUUUACAGACAUCAGAGGAUACACACAGGGGAGAAGCCAUAUUUCUGUUCAGACUGUGGCAACAGUUUUGCGCAGAAAUCAGACCUUGUUAGACAUCAAAAAUCUCACAGAAGGGAGAAGCCAUAUUCUUGUCCUGAGUGCGGAAACAGUUUUUCACAGAAAUCAAACCUUAUUAUACAUCAAAGAUCUCACACAGGUGAUAAUCCUUUUUCUUGCCCUGACUGUGAAAAAUCUUAUCCACGGAAAUCCCAACUUGUCCAACAUCAGAGAUGUCAUGCGGGGGAGAAGCCUUUUUCCUGCCCCGAGUGCGGGAAAUGCUUUACACAGGAAUUAGACUUUGCUACGCAUCAAGCAUCACACACUGAGGAGAAACUUUAUUUCUGUAAUAAAUGCAGAAAAUGUUUUUCACAGGAAUCAGACCUCGCUAAACAUCAAAUAUCUCACACAGUCACAAAGUCGCAUUUCUGCUCUGAGUGCGGGAAAUGUUUCUCACAGAAAUCAGACCUUCAGAUACAUCACAGAUCGCAUACAGGGGAGAAGCCAUAUUUAUGCAAUGAUUGUGGGAAAUGUUUUUCACAAAAAUCAGACCUUCAGAUACAUCAAAGAUCUCAUACAGGGGAGAAGCCGUAUUCCUGCCCUGAGUGCGGGAAAUGUUUUUCAGAGACAUCCAGUCUUUACAGACAUCAAAGGAUUCACACAGGGGAGAGACCGUAUUCCUGUUCUGAGUGUGUGAAACGUUUUUCACAGAAAUCGGACCUUGUGAGGCAUCGAAGAUCUCACUGGGGGGAGAAACCGUAUUCAUGUCCUGAGUGUGAGAAAUCUUUUUUACAGAAAUCGGACCUUGUUAUACAUCAAAGAUCUCACACAGGCGAGAAGCCAUAUUCCUGCCCUGAGUGUGGAAAAUGCUUUCCACGGAAAUCAAAACUUGUCUUGCAUCAGAGAACUCAUAGCGAGGAGAAGCCCAAUCACUGCCCUGAGGUUGGGAAAUGUAGUACCCAGAAAUCAGACCUUGGUAUACACCAAAUAUCCCACACAACCGAGAAGCUGUAUUCUUGUUCUGCUUGUGAGAAAAGUUUUUCACAGGUGUCCCAUCUUUACAUACAUCAGAGGUCUCACAUGCAGAAGACACAUUGCUGUCCUGAGUGCGGGAAAUGUUUCUCGCAGAAAUCAGACCUGGUUAAACAUCAAAGAAGUCACACGGGGGAGAAGCCGUACUCCUGCCCUGAGUGCGGGAAAUGUUUUGGAGACAGGUCCAGUCUUCAAAGGCAUCGGAGGAUUCACGCAGGGGUGAAGUAUUCCUGUCCCCAGUGUGAGAAAAGUUUUGCGCAGAAAUCAGAUCUUGUUAGACAUCAAAGGUCCCACACUGUAGAAGAUGUAAUCCUGCCCUGAGUGUGGAAAAUCUUUUUAACAGAAGUCCAGUGUUAGUGUACAUCAAAUGUGCCAUAUACAGUGUGGGAAAUAUUUAUCCAUGGAAAUUAGAACUUGUCUAAUAUGAGAAAUCUCACAGAGGUGAGAAGCCGUGUUCCUGUCUUAAGUGCGGGAAAUUAUAUCCAUGGAAAUAGGAACUUUUCAUGUGUCAGAGAUCUUACAGAGGGGGAAUGGAUUUUAAGUGGGACGCUCACAUAAAGUAGAAGAAAAAAAAAGCCCCAUCCCCAAAAUGUAUACAAUGUCAUUAUCCAAUGGAUAAUGUACGAAUGGAAUAGAUUUGGGGAAUCUUGGCAGAAAACUGAAUGGGCUGGGUCAAAAGGACUCAUGGAGACUGGGGUAAGCAGUCUCAUUUAGCAGUGGUAGUAAUUCUUGACGUUCAACUCGCAAAAAAACACUAAUUUAGUUUUGCCACACGUCCAAACAAGCAAAAUUCAAUCCAGACCAGCAGCUAAUCCCUUCCCCGUGACAUAUCACUUUGAUCAUGGGCGCAAGAGGAUAAGAAGAAAAUUUCUGAUAGUGUGGGACUCAAAUGUAUUUAUAAUAGGCAAUUUCGCCGCUGACAACGGCAAUGAAACGCGUAGGGACAGAGCGACAGUCCAGGGCGAAAAGCUGUAGCCACAGAGAUCAGGAGUUCCUAACACACUCGGAGCAGCUGAUCUUUGUAUUAAAGUGUGUGUAGCGGUGAUGGCUGCAGUCUCAGUGGUGGAAUAGCCUCGGUUUUAUACUAACAGCAUCUGUUUGAGUAUUUUUCUUUGUAUUUUAAUAAAAUAUGGUAUGAAAAUA